UGUCUCUCCUUGCUUUCCGUAUCCCGUCAAUGUUCUUCCGUUUAGCAGAAAAACAUACUUAAGCUACAAGGCGAAAUAAUUAAAAGUCCUGUUUAUUGAGAGAACUAACUGCCAUACAUUUUCGUCUUUCACGUGUUUGGUGAUGCAAGCGAUUGAGGCGUUAUUGUCGUACUGCUAAACGUCUUCAUGCUAGCGACAUUAUCCAGAGUUCGGCCCCGGCUACCCCCUGACAGACCUUUAGGACUCGCGUGUCUCUUAGCAGGGAAGGAGCUCACCUUGCACGUUCGCUGCCAGCUUCCAGUCGCCUGGAGGCGGCAAGCCCCAAGUAAAUAUGUUAGCACCACCGCUCCACUGCAGGCGAAAGUCCGAGCGAAGCCAAAGAAAAAGGAAAUUUCCGAAAAGAAGCUGACCCGCCACUUUGUAGACCACCGAUGUGUGCGGCUGGUGUCUGGUUCAGGCGGAAAAGGGGCCUGCAGCUUUCACAGCGAGCCUCGGAAAGAGUGGGGUGGACCAGAUGGUGGAAACGGUGGUGAUGGAGGCAGCAUCUUCAUAAAAGCUGAUCGAUUUGUGAAGUCCCUGGUUCACGUAGGUCCUGUAUACAGGGCGGAAGAUGGGCAAUCGGGAAGCAGCAAGAACUGUUACGGUCGGAAUGGCCACCCAACAUUUAUUUGUGUUCCAACUGGCACUGUAGUGAAGGAGCAGGGCAGGACGCUGGUAGAUCUUUCUCAGCAUGGCCAAGAGUAUUUGGCUGUAUUUGGAGGGGCUGGAGGGAAGGGGAACAGGUUCUUUCUGUCUAAUGAGAACCGGGCUCCAGUGACUGCAACCCAAGGAAAUGAGGGCCAGGAGAGAGUUCUUCAUCUAGAGUUGCGCACUAUGGCCCAUGCUGGACUGGUUGGCUUUCCAAAUGCUGGAAAAUCCUCUCUGCUGAGAGCCAUCUCCAACGCCAGGCCUGCCGUGGCUGCUUAUCCUUUCACAACACUCAACCCUCAUGUAGGAAUUGUCAAGUACAGAGAUCAUGAGCAAGUUGCAGUUGCUGACAUCCCAGGCAUCAUUCAAGGAGCGCAUCUAAAUCGAGGCCUGGGCAUCUCUUUCCUGCGGCACAUUGAACGUUGCCGAUUCCUCCUCUUUGUUGUGGACUUGUCCUCCCCAGAGCCCUGGACCCAGCUCCAGCAUCUGCGGUAUGAACUAGACCAAUAUGAACCCGGUCUCUCUCAGCGACCUCAUGCCAUCGUUGCCAACAAAACAGACCUACCCGAAGCCCGGGAAAAGUUACAGACUUUGAGGAGCCGAGUGAGUCAGAGAGUCAUUCCUGUGUCAGCUGUGACUGGGCACAACACAGAGGAGCUCAUCCUCCACCUUCGAGAGCUGUAUGACGGCUAUCUCCAAGGAGACGGUAGCAUGCAGGAGGGAAAGCCCACAAGAUGAAUUCAUGGUCCUGUUGGAGUUCUGAUACUGAAGCAUGAAGACACUUAACAGAUCCAAAUCAACAUGUCCAGUCUGCAUACCGUUGGAUUCUCCAGGCAACCCGCUUGAGUCAAGAAAAGGUCACAAAUCAGACACACACAUGAACGUUUCAUUUCAUGGAAACCCGCAGUUGAAAAAAUGAUAUUUUCCCAAGAUGAUUUGUCAAGCCACUUGUCAAUUUUCUACUGACUCCGU